AGAUUCGGAACUACCAGAUAUGCCAGUUGUAGACUAAACAGAGUGACGAAACAGUGGUACGAAAUUUUACAAGAUCUGUCAUGUCUCGAGCGACCAUCAUCUUACUUGUUGUAUUGGCAAUAUCUUUUAUAGAUACAUCUGCCGACAAAAUAGAAUGUACUCGUCCACAUGAACACUACGAGUGCGGUUCGGCUUGUCAAACGAGGUGCGACAACUUAGGCCAACCUUGUCCCAUAAUAAACAUUAGAUGUAACGACGCUUGUUAUUGCGAUAAGGGGUUUGCAAGAAAAGGUGACGACAACUCGCCGUGCGUCCCCAUACGCAAAUGUUCAUAUGCGUAAUACAUGAUGAAUAAAAGCAGUCGCGUCUAACAGCGGACG